AUGAAUUCAUCACCUUUCUGUGGAGCAGUUUUGGUCGAAAGAGCAGCUUUCAAUCGUCAAGAUGAUCAUCUGGCGAAAAAGGCAUCGGAGUACCUUGCGUCACUGCAUAAUCAGAAUGGGGCAGUCACCAGAUUGUCACAACAGUCUUUUUCGAUUUCAAAAACAACGACUACGGAGGAAAUAGUGGUUACCAGACUAAUCGCCCAUGAUUAUACUGAGGCACUGGCGAUCUUGGAAAAUGACGCGCAGUUAGGGUUUUCGAGAAAACUUGAACUCAUAGUUCAGGUCCUUAUUUUUUGUCGGAAGUGGAAGCCUAUAGAUGAACUUUGCAACAGGCUCAAUGCGUUCGCUGAAUCUCAAAACCGUAACUACACCCUUAUGGAUGAAAAAUCCCACAUAACCACAAGACUGCUUCUUUGUGUUGCAUACUACCUUCAGGGCCGUUUUUUGGACUGUCUGAAAUGCUUUCUAACUGUGAUUGAAGAGUAUCCUGUCGUUAUGGAACAAUUGAAAGAUGAGAAUCUUGAUCCCUUCUGUACACACAGCGAGCUAGUGACCAUAAUUUCUAUCUCCCUAAUAGUCGCAAUACCGCUGGAUAAUUACGAGGACGUUGCUCAAUUGGAGGAUCUGGAAGUCUUCUACCAAGUGGCAGGACCUUUGACAAGAUGGCUGAAGCUUCUGAUUGAUACAAGCUAUUGUAAGUUUCUUCAAGAAUGGAGCGCUCUAGAUCCCGUCUAUGCCUCGAGUUUCUUUAUCGCUCAGAAAUGGCCUGCGGCCCAGAGAACUCUUCGGGACAAAAUUUACCUCUUUUAUCUCAGGAUUUCGAACGUUAUUGAGAUUCCAUAUCUCUCCAAGACGCUAUGCAUCAAGCAGGAUAUAGUACAUGAUGAAAUUGUAAUGCUCAUCGAAGAGUUGGAGCUAAAUUUUGUCGUCAAAGGCCUCUUGGUACAGUCCCAGGAAAGAUACGAUGUACAAAAUCUUGCCAAAGACUUGUUCCAUUCUGGACAGCUUUUACAAGACAAACUUGACUUACUCAAGGUUAGAAACGAAAAUCUGAGGAGCGAGGUACAAGACUUCAUGAAGGAUAACAGUAUUGGUGAACAGCGUAGCAAAAGUCCCCAAAUAAAUCUGUUCGAAGACGAGGCUGAUAAUUAUAUUUCUGAUGGUGAGAAUGAUCGCUCAUCUUGA